GCCUUAAUGGCCAUCACCUAACUCUUCCUAUGAUAUUAAUUAAGCUGUGUUUCCUUCUGAAGAAUUUUCUUUUACUGUUACUCUUCCUCAUUUCUCCAAGAAACAGAAGGAAUUAUACUUUAAACAAAAUGAUGGAUACUCCAGCACUAGGGUGUUGUUUUGUAACUUUGUUCAUGUUCCUGUUUCAUAAUUUUCCUUGUGCACUAAGCAACCAAGCUUUCUUGUCAUGCGACUCUGUUUUUGAGUGUGGAAACCUCAGCGCAACAUUCCCCUUCUGGGGAGAGAAUCGUGGUGAGCCUUGUGGCCAUCCAUUAUUGAAGCUUAGCUGCGACAGAGUUUCUAACAAAACCUCUAUAAAUAUCUCCAACAUCUUUUUCAAUGUUCUUCACAUAGACAACACAUUCAAAACUCUUAAACUUGUAAGACAAGAUUAUUCACCUUCCUUCUGCUCUUCUCUAUCAUUUACUCCUUUAUACUCUACUUUCUCUUUCUCGAGAGAGAAAGAAAGAGGAUGGGGGGAGGGCAACACAAUCUCUCCUCCUAAAAUCUUUCAGCGAUCCCCAAAUUACAAGAACCUCAUCGUUUUCUCUAACUGUGACCCUCGCUUUCAUUACCUUGAGAACUUCACUUGUUCAAAUGGAGGGACUGGUUCAGUGUAUCACGAUGAACAUUACUACCAGUCUUGUCGAACAAUCUCCAAUGUUAUUGUUCCUGCAGGUUUCAUACCUGAGAAAGAAGCCUGGAAUUUGGGAAAUGUAUUGAGAGAAGGAUUCGAAGUGAAGCUGAAGAUCAACGACAGACCAUGUAAACAUUGUUUAAAAACCGGUGGGUUUUGCAGUUUCGACAAGUUUGCAAAUCAGUUUUGCUGCAAAGAAGACUUUUCUUUUUAUCCUAACAGGAUAAAGGAGUUCUCCGGUUCUUUACUUGGAUUCAAAUGCAUGAAAACAAGUUCUGGUGAACUCCCAAAGUCUUCGGCCGGAGCUGAUCCAACUAGCUUUAAUUAUCCCUUGACAGGUUCUAGAGCGUUAAUCCUCAUUAUAUGUUUGACAUUAUUGAUUCUAUCAAUGCUCAUAUACUUUCUGAACAAGAUAGAAGCAUUAGAACAUCCAAGAAUAGAGAAUUUUGAGGAACUUAUACCGCUGAAACGAUAUAACUACGCUGAGGUGAAGGAAAUCACAAACUCGUUCGCUCAAGAAAUCGGGAGAGGGGGAUAUGGAAUUGUAUAUGAAGGAAACCUUUGUGAAGGGCUCAAGGUUGCAGUAAAGGUCUUAAAAGAAUCAAAGAAGAAUGGUGAAGAUUUCAUUAACGAAGUGGCGAGUAUGAGCAGAACAUCCUAUAUCCAUAUUGUUUCUCUGCUAGGCUUCUGCUUCGAAGGGUCUAAAAGAGCAAUAAUAUAUGAAUUUGUAGAGAAUGGUUCACUCGAUAAGUUCAUAACGAGCCAGCCCUCACUGCGCAUUGACAUGGGAAAGAUGUAUGAUAUUGCACUCGGAGUUGCAAGAGGCCUUCAGUACUUGCACUAUGCUUGCAAGACAAGGAUUGUUCAUUUCGACAUAAAACCACAGAACAUACUGUUGGGAAAAGAUCUCUGUCCCAAGAUUUCUGAUUUUGGACUCGCCAGGCUCUGUGGGAGUCAAGAAAGUAUCUUGUGGAUGUCAGAGACAAGAGGGACCAUCGGGUACAUCGCACCCGAAGUGUUUUCAAGAAUCUACGGGAGAGUCUCUCACAAGUCAGAUGUGUAUAGUUAUGGAAUGUUGGUACUUGAAAUGAUGGGAGCAAGAAAUAGGAACUCUGUAUCAGACAACAACAGUAGUUCAAUGUAUUUCCCAGAUUGGAUCUAUAAAAGUCUUGAAAAGGGAGAUUGUAAAAGGUUUCUAGAAGAUCAGAUAACAGAAGACGAAGAUGACGAGUUUGCAAGGAAGAUGAUUCUUGUUGGAUUGUCAUGUAUUCAAGCAUGCCCAUCAGAUCGCCCAUCGAUGAACAGAGUCGUUGAAAUGAUGGAGGGAAGCUUUAGUGCUCUUGAGGCUCCUCCUAAGGAUCUUUUGCAUUUAUCUGCAUCUCCUAUGCCUCCAUCUGUACCUGAAGAUAAAAAUUCAAUCUCCUCCGAGGAAAGUGCAUAAGUUUCAUCACAAAUUUAUGUCUUACUCCAACUUCUCUAUGUGCCUAAAAAUAUAGCGUAUGUGCACGUCCGUCUGUCAAACACUUGUACCAAAUUAUCAAGUAGAUGUAAAUUAUUAUUUGGUGUGUAAAAUGACAUU